AUGAUGCGAGACUCCCGCCGUCGGAGCCCUGAGAGCUCCAGGAGGCGGAGGCGGGAUCACAAGCGAGACUCACGGGAGAACCUCGCCUUUGUCCCGCCUCAACCCAUGAAUAUACCAACGCAGUCAUUUUCAGCUUAUCCAGAUUAUCCUGAGCAAUACCCGACACCCAGUGCGACUGCGACAAAGGGAGCACGCGGUGCGAACCCUCCAGACGGCGAUAAAAGCCGAGAUAGAGAUGGAAAUAGAGGCCGAUAUCGAGAUCGAAACCAGGAGCAACUAUGGGGACAGGAACAGGAACACACUGUUAGACAGAGAGCAGCUUCCGAUAGCUCUGGCUCGCUCUCUUCGAGCUCUGUCGCAUCGUCCCUCCUGGAUAUUUCAAGGCAUUAUCCCGUUCAGAGCCGCUUUGGAGGCAUCUUCGGCACCUUUUUCAAAGCACCCUCAGAGCGCCGGGUUCGUCGCCGGAGGAGUGGCAGAACUAAGCAGCGCCGUGUUUUGUACUUUGGCAAUUCGUCGUCGUCAUCGGUCAAUUCCGACAUGGCCUACGGAACUGGAUAUAUUCCCAAGGGCAAGAGCCGUGACUUCAACAAGCAGCGCACUACAUCUGGAGGGUACUCGACACAUGAGACCCGACAUAGAGAUGGAAGAGGCACUAAUGAGUACGAAACGGCCGCCAUCGCCGCCGCCGCUGGCUCCAGCCGACAUGCCGGCGCCAAGAAGGACAAAACGGACGAGGAGAUUCUAGCUCUCGGCCGUCAGCUCUCCGACUUUGCCAAAAAGCAGAAUGAGCAUGACCUGCGUUCAUCGGGCAAAAUUAAAGCAACCGGGCUCAUGGCCGCCGCCGCCGCUGUCAACGAGGUCCGCAAAAAGAGACGGGAUGCAAAGACUCGCGGCAUUGCUACGUCUCGACCUCAUGGUGACUACUCGGAUUCAAGCGACGACUCAGACUGGGAGGACGCCUCUGACGAUGAGGGCGGCUUUAGUGACGCCGAAUCGGCACUGGCGUAUGGUUCUGUCGUCUCACACGCGAUCAGACCUACCAGAUCUAGUGUAGCACCUGCAAUGAGCGCUGCAGCGGGUGUUGCUUUGGGUGCUGGCGCGGCGUCUAUAGCCGGCCGAUCUGGGACAUCGUCAAGACCUGCAGAGAGUCUCCCAGCUACCAAUGUUAGAAAGAGCUCUGUCGUGGACCCUCGACUGUUUGGACCGUACAACUCCCUCAGGGGCAUGAUCAACACACCCUGCGGCUUCGGUGACAACCAACCCGCGGCUGACCACCACCAGUUCAACAAGCUGCGCCGUGCUGAGACCGAGCCAAUUUACAAAGAUUCCAUGAAAAACGUGUACCCCAUGCCGACUGCUGAUCCGGGCAGAUUCGAUGCCGGCGCCUCCUCGGCCAUCUCCUCUCGCCAAGACCUUCCUUAUCGAUCCCGCCCUGCCCCAAUUCCUCUUCAACAACCCAGCCCGAAGGCGCCCGUGUCGUCCAAAGUUUACCAAGCUGAGAAGUUGGAGGAAGAGAGCCAGAAGCACUCGCGAACACGCUCAGAUGAGACUGGAGUUGGUGCAGGUACGAAACUUACUGGUCUUGCUGCCGCAGCAGCCGCAGCAGUCGCACUCGCUUCCGACCGAAAGUCCAAGAGAGAUUCUCGUAGAGAAGAGCGGAGAUUGGAACGCAAAGAUGGCGCCCAGGACACGAAGGCCUCCACACGUGCUACUGAAUCUCGGGAUGGAGAUCGCGGCGAUUACUCCAAGCGACGAGACAGAGACGCCGAGUCAGAAGUGAGUCGCAAAUCAAAGAGAGACUCAUAUUCCUCAAAAUAUCAAGACGAACGCGAUCACAAGCGACACUCGCGCUACGAAGAGGAAGAAACUCCUCGAAAGCGCCGUGAGACAAAGGUAGACCACUAUCCCGAGGAAGAGUCGUCAUCUCGCAGGUCUAAGCGAAGUGAUCGUGGCGAUCGUGACAUCGAUUCGAAGAGUGAGUUAUCGCGGUCAUCUCGAAGAGACAGCCGAAAAUUUGAUGAUCGUGACGAGCGACGAAAGGAUGAGAAGACCAGCUACGAUCAGGCUGCUACUGUGACCACUCGUCAACCCGUGGAUCCUUUCCAAUUCCAGGUUGCUGAGAGCGCCCUCGGAUCGUCCCUGGUUUCUGCUGCCACGGCUCCUGCUCGCCCAUUGACACCCACAGUCGUGACAGUGGAUCGUGAACCAAAUUUUGACGAAGAACCGCCGCGCCUAGCCCAAUCAGAUACCAGGCUGAGCCGGAAGGACUCCUUUGAAAUCGAGCGCAUGGUGGAGGAUUAUAAGAGGGGGGCUCGCAGUCACCCCGACGGCCCAGACUCACGACGACAUGAUUAUGAGGAACGAGAACACGAGGCACGAAACAUUUACGAGGAGGCCAAGCAAUCUACUGCCCCUGUUGCUGCCGCAGCAGUAGCAUCCGCGAUAGCGGUAGAGAUGGCGCGAUCAAGGGGCCACCGGGAUGGAUAUACGGAUGAAGGGUCUCGCGAUUACACCCAGCCACGAAAAGACCCUGUGCAAGAGGAAGCAGACAGAUACUACCGGGAGAUGAUAACUGCCGAGAGAAUUGCUGCCGAGGAACAGCGAUCCCGCAGCGCGUCUCCCAACCAGUCUGUGAUCAACAAAUACGAGGGUGGUGACCAAAAAGAAACCUACUCCAUUGUUACGCCCCCGGAGAUGGAGGACAAAACCUCGAAGCAGAGCCUCUUUGACGGUCCGGAUGCAGAUGUAAAAAUCGACAACAAGAUCUAUCCCAAGGAACUACACAAAUUCAGAUCUACUGACACGUCCUUCAACCUGUUUACAUCGCGAGAUCCUUCUUGUGAACGGGAGCGACCGAUGCUGAACCUUGUCUAUCCAACUCCGGUGCCCAGUCGUCAACCCACUCCCAGCCUGUCUCGCGACUCGAGCGAAGUCGGUGAGCAGUCAGCUUCCACUGGAAGUGAUCAGAACGUCGCCAACGAUAACAAGAAGGAGGACGAAGCACAAGAAAGGGGUAAGAGUAAGGACAAGAAGAAGAAAAAGAAAAAGAAGUCCACAUCAAAGGAUGACUUCGCUGAGGAUGGAGGCGAGGUUGCUUCUGGUGCUGCGUCCACUGUCUCAUCUACCGCUAAAUCUGUCACCUGGGGCGAGAACUCGAUGAAGAGCUUUGAAGUUGAGAGCGCUGACUCUAGAAGUGAUGCUGAGGCAACACGGGACAAGACCGAGUCGGGUGACAAGUCACGCCCUGUUCUCAGCAAAACAAGUCAGUGGGGAAUCCUCGCUGCAGCCAUCGCAGGGAGUAGUUCUGAGCCCGCCAAUGAACCAGACGUCCCAGGAUCACGAUCCAAGAAGAAGGCAAGCUCGGAUGUUGGUGUUGGCUACCGGGACAAGUCAGAAAGGGACAUUGAUGACUUGAUGGACGAUGCCAAGUCUGAACCUCCUAUUCCGGGGCCAAAACCUGUGAGUCCAACUGCCGAGAAGAUGCCGGGCGGUUAUGCAGACGACAUAGAGUUUGCAGCCACCCUCGCAGCUGGCCUCAAGGAUACCGGAUUCGACCCAAAUAUCGUCAUUGAUGAUCCUGAAUACCGCCGCCGAGAUUCUCCACCCCGCACGAGUGAUACCAAUGGCGAUGGUUGGAGUGGCUCGUCGUUUGCCGAUGCUGUAUCAGAUAUAACCUCGAAGCAAAAGGGCGUGUCUGAACCUGGAUUCUUCUCCGAACCCGUCGACAUGACUAGAGAAGACCCGACAGGACCGUCCGACGAAUGGGUCGAGGCUCCCAAGAAGCUCAGCAAGAAGGAGAAGAAGAGGUUCGAAAAGGAAGCGAAAAGACAAUCCAUGGAUAUUGUGGAGCCUCUUGCCCCUGAACCAUCUGAGGAGAACAUUGCCGGCAAGUCUUUAGAGGAGAAGGAUUUGUCUCGAGAGAAUGACAAUAAACCAAGAGAGACUGACAACGCUGAAUGGGAGGACUCUGGCAAGAAGAAGAGGUCUAAGAAGGACCGCAAGAGCCGCGACUUUGAAGAUGACACUUCCUCAAAGUUGUCCCGUACAGAUUCGUUUGACAAAUCUACUAUUCGUGUUGUGGACCCGGAUGAUGACUGGGACAUGCCCAAGAAAUCCAAGUCCAAGUCCAAGUCCAAGAGAGACUCAGUUGGUUCUGAGGCUAUCUCUCGAUCUGCACCUGGCUCGGAGGUUGGUGAACGAGAAAGUAGUAGCAAACGCAGUUCUCGGUCGACCCCUGGUUCCGAAGUGGGCGAAAACGAAUCUUCCGGCAAGCAUAAUGGCAAAUCCAAGCGCCGAAGUGGCACAGACUUCGACGAUUAUGGAGACGAUCCCCCAGAUCGUAAAGGAGAUCCUUGGGACGAUCGCGAUGUCAGCUCUGUAGUCUCCGAGGCUAGGGGCGACGAGCGUCGGCGGGAGAGACGAAGCAAGCGUUCAUCAUUGUACGACGAUGACGACGCCAAGUCAGUUGCUUCUGCUCCCGGAUCAUCACGCAAAAGCAAGAGAUCAUCUCUCUAUGAGGACGAUGAUGCAGCCAAAUCGAGCGUUUCCCUACCUGGAUCGCCUCGUCGUAGCAAGGAUAAGGAGACCGAGAAGAGUGAAAAGAGAUCAAGUGGCCUACUCGCUAGCAUCUUCAAGACGGGCAGCAAAGACAGCAAAGAUGAUUCCAAGAAAUUGGACAAGGAGUCUUUUUUAGAUAAUGCCGGCACCCUUGGCGCGGGUGUCGGCUUAGCGACUGUUGCUGCUGCUGUUGCCAGUGCCUCUCGCUCCAAUGCCGCCCAGGCCUCCUUUGAGAAAGACCCUGACUCUCUCGAAGAUGACAAACCCAAGAAGUCGGGAGGGUUAGAAGACUUUGACCCAGAGAUUGCUCCUCGUGCAAUCAAACCCGCAAUUGAUCCUCAAUACGGGGACCUGCUUCCUUUGCCUCCAAGCGAACCAGGCAGUCCGAAGACCCCCCCCGAAGACCUGCCUGCCCUUCCGGAUAGCCGCCCAGACACACCGCCUGAGGAACGCACCCUGAAGCGUGACUUUUUGACUCACCGCCGUCGUCGAAGUACACAAGAUACGCCUAUGAAGUCCCCCAGCAGCACAGCAAUCCCAAUUUCUCUCCGUCUCGGCCAGAGACACAGUGGUCCUCCCAGCUCGCCUAGCGCGUACCGGUCACCUCCAAGCGGCUCGCCGGUCACGACCCCCGAAUCCUCCCGACGCUCAGCCCGGAUUUCUUGGGAUAGCAGUAAGGAAAUUAAGCCUCUCUACCUUCUUGAGCACUCUCGGCAAGGCUCUGUUGAUAAUGUGCCGCAAAUGGAUCUACCUGAACUCCCACCUAGCGAACCAAGCGAGCCACCAUCUCGAGAAUCCCCUGCUCCUGGGUACGCCAACCUGUAUACCGACGAAGAUGUAUCAAGCAGGGGCAUCGGCCUCGACAACCUGGCUGAUGUUGGUCUCCGGAUUGAUACAAGCUUAGCCUCGUCAGUUCCCAUUGAAGAUAUUGCUGGCUCUCAAGAAACCACUCCCAAGGCUAUUAGACGACCCGAGCUACCAUUUGUGCCUGCCGACGAGCAAACUCCAGAGAAGACGACAAUUGCCGACGAAGACCCUGCUCCUGUUGAUUCCAUGUCUAAAGAUAGAAGUUCAUACUUGCUCAAUUCAGCGCCCUCUUCUACCAAAUCGAAUAAAUCCACCAAGAGUGAGACCGGCAUGGCCAGUCCACCUGAGUCUACCCCAACCAAACACCUUGCAGUGGAGAGCUCACUGGCCGACAUUGCAGAGGACUUAACGUCUGCUGAUGAGCACUUUUCCGACGCGCUGGAAGGACCUCACUCGGACACUUUUGAGGAAGCUCAGGACUGGUUCGAUGAUGUUCCUCCUUCCGAACCUGCCAUUGUCGAGGAAGCUGUUGUAGAGUCAACACCAAAAGUUCCUCAACCAGCUGUCGCCGAAAAUCCUGAUCCAACCCUUGUCGAUGAUGAUGCUGAAUCAGAGGAAUGGAAGGGCAUGUCCGCCAAGGAAAAGAGAAAGGCCAAGAAGUCCCGCAAGAGCAAGGACCUGUCCCUCGCCGAGGCGGCUGUUGUAGGCUCUGCUGCAGCUACGACCGCAGUGGUCGCGCCGUUGUUGACCGAGGAGCCGAGCAAUGUCGAAAAUGUUGGCGAGCCUGCUAGCCCGCAGGUCGAUUUCGAGCAACCGAAGAAGGGAAAGAAAGGGAAGAAGAAUAAGAAAAAGUCCCUUUCCUUGCAGGAUGAUCUUGGAGACACACCAUCUGUGCAGCCAACUGUGGACGAGACGACUCUAAUUGCGGGCACUGACGCUCCUGAAGCGACGGAGACCGGGAACCUUGCUGCUAUUGACACUUCGACCGAUAUAGCUCCGCCAGAAACUGCAGACCAAAUAGCCGUCACCGACGACACACGGGUAAAACCACAUAUGGAGCCUAUUGACACAAUUGCUCACGAAGCGACCAAAGACGUCGGACGAGACGAGAUCUCUGAAACGGUUAUGGAGCCUGCUGAGGAUACUUCUGUCGAUCGUGCAGUAGCCGAUGACGCCUGGGAAGCUCCUAGCAAGAAGAACAAGAAGAAGAAAAAGAAAUCUAAAGAUGCUUCUUCUUGGGACGUUGAACCGGCCAUCGAUCUCACAUCCACGAAAGAUUCUCGUGAUCCCGAAGCUAUUGAGGUACAAGACCUCACUCUCGAUAAGGAUACGCCUGUUGAGACUUCAACCGAGCUGGUUGCCUCUACUGAACCGGUCGUCUUUGCUGAACCAACUGCCUCUGCUGAGCCCGUCGCUUCUACUUAUACGGCCGGCUCUACCGAGCCUGCAGCCUUUGCAGAGAACAAUGCUGCUGAAACAGCACUGGAAGUGGACGCACUCCCCACUGAGCAACCUACCGUUCCCGACCCUGAAGAGUUGUGGUCUGCACCAUCCUCUAAGAAAGACAAGAAGAAGAAGAAAAAGCAGGGUCUUCAGGUGGACGAACCUUUGCCUGUGGAAUGGGAGCUACAACCUGAGCCAGCUCUCAGUAUCGAGCAAUCUGAGAAUUCCAAGACGGAACCAGACCUAGCCACGGAGCCAGCCGCAGAGUCAGUCAUGGGACCAGUCACGGAGUAUACUGCCAAGGAUCCUCUAGCACUUGAUCAAGUCACUGAACCAGCCGAACCCGAACCCGAGCCUGAGUUUACUUCUGUUUCUUCUAAGGGUAAGAAAAAGAAGAAGAAGAACAAGCAGGUUGAGGAACCUUUACCGGUCGAGGCGACUUCAGAACCCACUGCGUCUUCAGAGUUGCAGCCCACAACAGAGACGACACAUGAUCACUCAAUUGACAUAGAAAACCCGGCAACUGGGGACUCCGUGCCAACCUCCCAGGAAGUUGUAGAGGCUGUGGAAGCCAGUGAGGCAGAAUUCGCACCUGUAUCAAAGAGCAAGAAGAAAAAGAAGAAGGGCAGGCAGGCAGAUGACAGUCCACUAGUGGAUCAAGAGGCCGAAACAUCAGUCAUCGUGGAUGAGCAGUCAAAAUUGGAAACCGCAGAGGAGUCGACUCAAGCUAACCAGCAAACCACGGAGCCUGCCGAGGCUGGAGAGGACGAGUUUUCCCCAGUGUCAAGGGGCAAGAAAAAGAAGAAGAAAAGCAAGAGCGCACAAAUUGAUGAUUCUUUGCCAGUCGACAAGGGGCUUGAUACUUCCGCAACUCUAGAAGAGCGACCUUCAUCACUUGAGGGCGUUGUCGCUGAGGAAUCCUUGAUGGCUGAAGGAGCUGAAGCUGGCGUCGCGGAGAAAACUCCCGUCACUGAAGAACCUCCCGUCGUUGAGCAGGUGAUUUCUACGAGUGAAGAUAUUUCCAAAGAAGAAUCCGGGACUACGUUCCAGGAUACUACCGAACCAGACUUUGAGCCUGCCUCAAAGGGUAAGAAGAAAAACAAGAAGAAGAAGAGCAAGCAGCUUGAUGAAGAUUUGCCGUUGGAUAAGACGCUUGAACUUACGGCUACAACCAAUGAUCAGCGAUCCACGACCAUCCUCCCUGAUCAAACUUUCACAGAUGAGCCUUCAUCGACUGAGAACACCUCUGGAACCAGAGAACCAAUUCUUACCACGCGAGAUCCUGUCGAGGCAGGAGAUGCAGAUUUUGAACCAGUCAGCACGGAUGACAAACAGAAGAAGGUUCUCUAUUUAGACGAAGCUUCGCCAGCAGACACUCCGCCAGAAGAACAUUCAGUUCUCGCCGAACAAAUUGAAUCCAUCGAGCCUGUGGUUGAUUCAACACCGGAUGGAAAUUCUCCAGCAACUGAGGUAUCUCUUUAUCCCCAAGCAACGACUGAGGCCACUGAAGACGACUUUGCUCCCGUUACGAAAGGAAAGAAAAAGAAGAAAGAUAAGAGAAAGUCUGUUCAGUGGGAGGACACCGCUCCUGUGACUACUUCUGAAAGUCCAGAUGUCGCUUCGGAUGCCCUAGUCUUAGGUUCCUCUGUCACUCCAGAGCCUUUGACGAUCGAUAAGGCCGACGAAUUACAACCAGCAGAGCAGUCUCGAUCUCUGGACGCCCAGGUCCCUGAACCGCUCUUCUCGCAAGGUGACGCGCCUCUUGAGCUUACGCUGGAUGACACUACGAGCGUUGAGCCAACUCAGCUAGAGGGCAAGACACUCGGAGAUGUAGCUAUGGAAGACUCCUGGACUGAGACGGUUUCUACUAAAAAGAAGGGCAAAAAAACCAAGACAGGCCAAGCCAAUGUUUGGGAUCUUUUGGAAGAGAAACCUGGCGGAGACAUUACACCUGAUCCUGUAUCUACUCUUGUUGACAAGGAGCACAUCAAUGAAUCUCAAGAGGAGCCGGUCAGUGAAAUUGCCACUGAGGUCCCACGCGAAAUGGAAGACACCAAGGCUGCAGAGAUACCACAGGAAGCACAAGCUGAGGAUGAAUGGGCUACUCCUGCUAGCAACAAGAAGUCCAAGAAGAAGAAAAAGGGUAGUAAAUCGGCCUCAAUUUCAAACCCAGAGCCGGCGACUGAAACCCAGGUGGACACAGCGGAGCCUGCUUUAAUAACGGAGGAACCUGCCGCCAUCGAAGAGACCCAGCCUGCAGUUGAGCCGGAGCCUGCCGCCCCAAUCCUAGCAGAAAAUGAAGAAGAGUGGCCGCAAGCUAUAGGCAAAAAGGGCAAGAAGAAGAAGCGCCAGAGUUUGACUGCGGAGCCAGUCCCAGAGGGUUUGGCGUCCACUGAACCUCCAACUGAGUCGUCAAAUCCCCGAGAAGAUACUCCAGACGUGACUGCAACCGCAGUCGACCAUGAACUUGAAUUUGAGGUCCCGAAGAAGGGAAAAAAGAGCAAGAAAAAGAAGAACUCUCUCGCUUUUGAAUAUGGAGAAUCAGGCUCUGGUGUUGAGGCAGAUUCUGCGGCACAACCUCCUCAGCAGUCAGCCAUAAGCAAUGAGACUUCCUUGUCGGAAAACCUGCUAGCUGAGCCCGAAGUGAACGCAGCAGACAAAGCACGGACUGACGUAAUCGUUGGUCAUGAACAACCUGCAUCGGAAGACAACUCUGGCGUCGACAAGCCUUUGGAUGAUGCUGUCCUCCCCGAUACUUCUAAGAGUGCGGGAAUUGCUGAAGGGGGCCUUCCCGAGUCCCUGGUUUCAGGUGAUGACACCUUUGUACCUGCGAAACUCUCCAAGAAGGAUAGAAAGAUGAAGAAAAAGCAAGCAACCAUGGAGGCCGCCGCUCAGCAAUCUGUAGGAGAACCGUCACCAGAGCCAGCAGUCGCUGCUGGUGAUGCCUCUGCUGAAGCACUUUGCCUCACGGGCACGAUGGACAGUCCUGUAGGCGCAACCGAAACGCUUGCAAAAACGCCCAGGGCCGGCCAAAUCGAGGAAACGGAAGCCAUUCCUGAAGACUUGUGGGGUGGGUUCAGCCUGAAGCCUAAAAAGGACAAGAAGAAGAAGAAAACUAAAGAUACGGAAUUUGAGAAAGCACAGGAACCCGAACCCAUCCCCGAGACGGACCUCGCCGCGGAGCCAAUCCAGGAAUCGUCGUCAAUGGAUAGUGCUAAACCUGUAACCGACCUGAAGGCUGCAACAACUUUCGAAUCUGAGCGGUCUUUGGAGCCGGAGUCAACCAACGACGAUGGGACGGUCAAGGAUCAAGAGGAGGCUGGUAAGGCUGAUGACAAUGAUGAAUGGGCUGCUGGAACGUCGAGAAAGGAGAAGAAGAAGCAGAAGCAGAAAGCGAAGGAUUUGGGAAUGGAGGCUGAUGUGAGCUCAAAGGCUGUUGAGGAGACAUUCGUCUCAGACGAUGUCAAGACAACAAAGGCGGAGGAAGUGGGCGAUGACUCUUGGACUGAUACGAUGUCAAAGAAAGACAAGAAGAAGAAGAACAAGAAGGCCAAGCAGGGCUCUCAGUAUGAUUAUCCCCCUCCGCAAAGCACCCCCAUUCAGGACGCCAACGACAUCUAUGAUGCUGCUGCACGACCAGAGGCCGAACAAGUUGACCCCUUGGAGCUUGCAACUACAGCGCAGAAUACUGGCGACACCGAAAGGAGUGAUGCAGCACCUUGUGAUGUUACCUUUGAGUCCCACCAAAAAUCCGCGGAUGUGCAGCAGGAGUCCCAAGAAUCCAAGGAUAUCACAAUGACAGAGGAUCAAUCACCACAAUCUGAGCCGGAGAUUGCCGAGAGUUCUGCUCCUAUAACCCCACAACACGACACCACUGUCCUGGAUCCAUCUGCUCAGCCAAGCGGCGAUCGUCAAGUGCCAGUGGGUAAGGAUGAGCUUGUGGAUGAUGAAUGGUCAAUACCAGAUUCUGGCAAAAAGAGGAAGGGCAAGCAAAACAAGAAAAGCAAAGUUGACUUCAUGCCCUGGGAUGAACCCAAUCCAGACGUCUCUGCGCAACCUGUCGAGAAAAAGUCUACCUCUGAAGGAGCCAAAGCUGCAUUUGAGUCAGAUCAGCCCCCAGGGGAGUUUGUCGAACCCCGCAUGACUGAUAGAGACUCAGAAAUGAUGAUGGCGACUUCUGAGGGAGCUGAACCGACUGAAUUUUCGACCGAACCUGUUGUGGUAAAAGAUGCUCCAGCUACGGUGGAAUUGCCCUCUGAUUUACCGAUAUCCAUGGCACAGCAUGCUUCCCCUUCCAACCAGGAUGAGAGUAACCCGGAAGGCAAUAUCUAUGACAGCGCCAUGGAGAGAAAGUUGUCUAAGAAAGAAAAGAAGAGAAAGAAGCAGCUGGGCCUAGUGGAUCAAUCGUACGGCGAAACUCCAGAUACAGAUUUAAGAGACAGCACUGCUGUUGAGUUGUCGGAGGCUGUGUCAACCACCAAUUUUGAGCCUUCAAAACAUGCCCCCCUUGCGAAGGAAACCAGCACUGAGCCUGAUGAAUGGCUGGGGGCUAAAAAGUCCAAAAAAGACAAGAAGAAGGCUGCCAAGGCUGCACUGGCCACUUCUGUACUGACCGCCGCGGCGGCGGCGGCGUCUACAAAAGACUCAACUAAGAACCUUGAGGCAGAAGACCGUCAAAUUCCCAGAGAAGAACCGAUACAGUUUGAAGGUGGCAGCUCAUGGGCCGACGAAAUGGAAGACGUAGCGCCAAUUAUUCCAGCUGAAUCAGACACUGCCGUUGUCGCAACGCCUAAAGACGACGAGUUCGGCUUCACCACGUCGGCCAAAUCGAAGAAAGGAAAAAAGGCAAAAAACAAGGCGAAGGACUCGUCUGUUGAUGAAUAUCGUACCCCUGAGGCAACACCAGCUGCUGAGCCAGUCCAAACAGCAACUCAGGAUACACCAGAAGCCGCCGUAGAUGAACCACUCAAUGUUGCAGAGACUGUUGAAGAAGAUGAAUGGGCAAUGCCUUCAAAGAAGAAGGGGAAGAAGGGCAAAAAGAGCAAACCAAACAGCGGAACAAUCACUCCAGCCGACACAACAAACCCCCCCGAGUCUACAAUUCUGCAAGUGGCGCUAGAGGACCCAGGAGAACCUGCUGAACCCGCUAUUCCGUCCGAACCGGGCGAAGGUGACACUGCAGUAACAGAGACAGAACCUCCGGCCAAGAACGAUCUUGUUGACGAGUGGGCGUUACCCUCAAAGAAGAAGGGCAAGAAGGGGAAGAAGGGCCAAUCUAGAAGCGGGAUCCUGACCCCUGAAGAAUCUCAGCCAGCUGGAGCAGCACAGGAGAGCCUCGAUACCGAGAAAGAAACAGUUCCUAUUGAGACGGAGCAUGCUGAAUGGGACACGAAAGUCGCUGAACCUUCAUCUGUUGUUGAUAUGGAGGAAGAAUGGGCUUUGCCAUCCAAGAAGAAAGGCAAGAAGGGCAAGAAAGACAAGUCAGAGCGUGGCACAAUUACUCCAGCCAAUGAGCCUAGCAUAUCACCGGACCAGCAACAGGAAACAGUACCGACCGCGAUUACCGAAGAGGAUCCUCGCGAUACAAUCCCAGGAGACGAGGUGUCUCGAGCAGAUGUUGCUGUUCCCGAUGAAUUUCCCAGAGCCCUUGACCCGGAGCAGCCACCACACUCAAUGGACAACGAUGAUACAGAGGGUUGGGGCCUUACGGUGAAGAAGAAGAAAGGCAAGAAGAACAAAAGUGGAAGUGGCUCUAUGACACCCACAGCGCCUCCUGACAUCUCUGAAGAACCCACCACGGAUAAGCCUUUUGCAGCUGAAGAGGUGAACCUUGUUCAGGAGGACCCUGCUAUGACCGCUCUCCCUGAGGUAGUGGGAGCUCCCCAGUCUGUUGACGUAGAAGAUGAGUGGGCUGUGCCGACCAAGAAAAAGAAAGACAGAGGCAAAAAGUCCAAGUCUAUACCGCUCGCUGCUCUGGAUGAGCCCUUAACUAUGACAUCAGAGGCAGAGACCGGCCCGGCUGGGGAGCGUGGCCUUUCCGCCAUGGAGGUAGACGAUACAACCUCCGCAGAGAACGUUGAUUGGAGACAAGAAGAAGGCAAACCUGAAGAAAGAGACAUUGACACUAGUCUGGAUACUUCAGCCGUGCAGAACGCCGAUGAUGGAAAUGGUCCUGUCUCGAUGCCAGAGCCUUCUAUGAAGGAUAUUAUGGCGGAGGCGAACGCUGAAGCCGCUUCGGCGGCACCCAUGAGCAGGAAGUCCAAAAAGGAUAAGAAACGCAAAUCGAGCCAAAUUGUUGCGCUGGACUCUCCUCAAAACGAAAUUGGCGGAGGUGAGCAGGACCCUUCUAUUGCAGAGGUGCACGUAGAAGACGCUGCCAACGACGAAUGGCCCGAUAACCUCUCUAUCCCGAAAUCUAAGAAACAAAGGAACAAGAAGGCCGCUGAAUCUCCCGCUGAGCCGUUCGAGGACAUUCUGAUCGACAAGAAUGUUACGCCCAUGGAUGAAAGCCGGCAGGCGGAAGCUGAUUCUGCUGAGCAUGACCGUCACAUGGGAGAAACUCGGUCGGAUCGAGGCCCUGGUGAUUCUGUCAAGGAUGAUGAUGGACGCAAGAGUAAAUCAGAAGCAUCAACGACUGAAGCACUAGCAACCGCAGGUGCAGUCGCUGGCGGUGUAGCCUUACUAGCUGAAAAGUUUGGAGGUGGCAAGAAGAAGAAGGGCAAGGGGAGGCAAAAGAAGAUUUUGGACAAGAGACAGCCGCAGCAAGAUGAUAUGUUUGAUGACCCGGCAUUAUGGGAGGGAGCAGACAAGAAAGCCUUGGAUGAUGGAAAGGAUGCGGAAUUGCACGAGGACUUUUGGGGUGGUGCAGCAGACAGUGAGGAGAAGCACGAAGAGAAGGAGGAGAACAAAGGUGUGGAAUUGCUGGGAGCGACGAGCGCUAAGGAAACGAAACACGGUUUGCCCACUCCGAUGAGCGGAAGCUUUACAGAAUCUGAUGGAGGGUGGGCGGAAACGGCUCAGCAUGGAGUGCCCCUCGACGAUGAGUUUGCAGAGAGCCCGAUUCUGGGACGUGGUGAGGCUGCUCCGAUGAUGACGAAGGAGCCCGUCGGUCUGCUACGCCGAUCAACCGAUGUUGGCGAGCCAGUUGGUGGACUGCUCAAAGAGAGAUCUGAACCCGAGCCGAUGAUUCGAAGCCUGAGUUCCGAAUCCGACUUUAGACGGUCCCCGACGAGAGGUCUGCCCGCUGUUCAAGAAGUCCCCGAAGCGGAAGCAAUCGCAGCCGAGUACAACUGGCCCACGCCUGAGAUGAAUCGCGACAGCGGCUUUGCAGCUGAAUCGCCUCACCCACGACGCCGCCGUAGUUCAGGAAUCCAGGACGAACAGCAAAGAGAUAGCGGUGUUCACACAGACGACUACGGGGAUGACAAGAUGCAGACACCUGACGUGUCUGGGGAGAAGAGGACCCGACGCUCGCCAUUUGCAACUCCAGUCUUACAGGAGCCAGAGGCUUCGGCCGCUACGCCGGAGCCGGAAAAGAAGAUAAGCAGAAAGGCUACGAAGGGCUACGGUGAGGUUGCUUCUAGGGGAGGCAUUGCCGCUGCAACCGCGGGAGCAGGACUUGCAGCCAACGCAGCUCUGUCUCAGGAUACGCCAGAGCGGCGCAGCGUCAGCGACAAUACGUACAAUUAUGCAUCAGGAUCAGCAUCAUCAACAAAAGCUUCUCAUGAGAGCCAUGAUGGCCGAAAUGCCCCUCCACGGGCCGAUCCAGUGGCGCGCCGAUCAGUGUCCAACACCAGCCUCUCCCGCCAGCGGACACCAGAGCCGCUCAAGUUGCGGCCUGAAAGCCCAGGCAUCACCGGACUCCAAGGCAUCAAGCGGUCCACCCCAACCCCCCCACUUCGGCGCAUCGACAAGCGCAUGAGCGGCGACCUGCGAGCUCUUCGUCAACAAAGAAGCUCCAGCUCUACAACACCCACACCUACGGCAUCUGACACUCAGGUGCUGCCGCCGCCUGUCGCCAACGAAAGUCGUGUCCGCUCCAAGGGCGAGGAAAAGGGCAUGGCUGACGUCUACGAUGGCUAUGGCGAGGGUCGCAUCGGCUCGCCGCGAUCGCCCACUCGUCCUCAUAGCAUGCGCCGUCGCCAAAGCAUGCAAGUACUCGAACUCGAAUCCAAGGUUGAGCAGCUCAUCGCCGAGAAUCGUAUGUUGACCGAGGCACGUACCCAUGCCGAACAAAAUCUGAGCCAAAAAGCCGCCAGCGUCCUCUCUGAGCGUGACUCCGAAAUCGAAUCGCUCAAACAAUCGCUGCAAUUCUUGCACAACGAGGUCGCCCGUCUGACAGAGGUCAACGAAGGCCUCACAAGCGCCAAUGCGGAGCUGGCCAGCAAGGACAAUGGCCGCUUUACCGACAUGACCCGCGAGUUGAACGAGGCUCGAGGCGCACAUACCACAUUUACACAAUCGUUGCAAGACAAGGACGCUGAGAUUGCAGACCUCCGCGCCCAGCUAGAAGCCGCCAAACAACAAAUCCGCGAGAUGCAGCGCAAGAUCCUCGAGUCCAAAGCUGGUGAUUCCGAAUUCCUCAACAUCAAAGACGAAGACUACUUUGACCACCGGUGUCAGCAGCUCUGCUCGCAUGUACAGCAAUGGGUAUUGCGCUUCUCCAAGUUUUCCGACAUGCGCGCCUGCCGCCUCACCAGCGAAAUCAACGACGAGAAGACAAUUGAUCGUCUGGACAAUGCUAUCUUGGAUGGAACCGAUGUCGACACCUAUCUUCGAGACCGUGUCAAGCGCCGGGACAUCUUUAUGUCCAUGACCAUGAAUAUGAUUUGGGAAUUUGUUUUCACUAGGUACCUGUUCGGCAUGGACCGAGAACAACGCCAAAAGCUCAAAUCACUUGAGAAGCUUUUGACGGAUGUUGGGCCUCCAAAGGCCGUCCGCCAGUGGCGAGCUGUCACGCUGACCCUUCUUUCCAAGAGAAGCAGCUUCAGGGACCAGCGCGAUUUGGACACAGAAGCCGUGGUCCAAGCCGUCUUCCAGACUCUCUGCAAGAUACUUCCCCCGCCUUCCAACCUUGAGGGACAAAUUCAGUCACAGUUGCGCAGAGUGAUGCACGAAGCAGUAGACCUGUCUGUGGAAAUGCGUACCCAGCGAGCUGAAUACAUGAUGCUGCCGCCACUGCAGCCUGAAUAUGACGCGGAUGGUGAAUUAGCAGCUACCGUGUCGUUUGACGCCGCCAUGAUGAACGAACGAAGCGGCAACGCUAACAAGACCAACGAGGAACUCGAAGCGCAAGGUGCUGUCGUUCGAAUUGUUCUCUUUCCCCUUGUCGUCAAGCGAGGGGAUGAUGAUGGAAGUGGAGAAGACAAGAUUGUUGUCUGCCCGGCACAAGUACUCAUUGCCCGCGAUGACAGAAGCAGACGCCAUUACACUCCUUCCAGCGAAGCCGGCGGCGCAUCUCUAGGCGCACCCAGCCACAUCAGCCUGGCGAUGGAAUCUGUUGGCCAAGCCGAGCCUUGA